AUGUUUGAUCAGGCUACUAUUAUGGGCGAUGGAGUGUCCGAGGAGAGAAGCCCUCUCUGUGGCAAAGCAGCCACUUCUUGUUCAGAGAGAGUCAGGGACAAGACAACCAGGACUGAACUGGAGUGUUCUUUACGAGGCCACAGUCUAAAGGAUAUUCCUGUGACCUCCACCUCCAGCCCCGGCUCUUCCAAAGAAGAAGGUCAGGACAGCCAGUCCACGGGAGAAGCUGAUUACUGUCGACGGAUCUUGGUCAGAGAUGCCAAAGGAACAAUCAGGGAAAUUGUUCUCCCAAAAGGAUUGGAUCUUGAUCGGCCCAAGCGCACCAGAACUUCCUUCACAGCAGAACAGCUCUACCGGCUCGAGCUGGAGUUCCAGAGAUGUCAAUAUGUCGUUGGCAGAGAGAGGACAGAACUGGCAAGGCAACUAAACCUGUCAGAAACCCAGGUCAAGGUGUGGUUCCAAAACAGGAGAACUAAGCAGAAGAAGGAUCAGAGCAGAGACUCUGAGAAACGUUCCUCUUCCACCUCUGAAUCAUUUGCAACUUGCAAUAUUUUACGGUUGUUGGAACAAGGUAGACUUUUGUCCGUGCCAGCACCCCCCAAUUUGCUCUCUCCUAGUCAAAACCCCAUGGGGACUUCUUCAGGAAAUGGUUCCAGCCUAGGGACUUCAGGAAGCACUUCACCAGGUAUAAGCAGUACUCCACCCGGAUCUGGUGCCUUCACGCUCCAAGUUCCUUCCUUAGCCACUUCUUCCUCUCCAAGAUUAACAGCCCCUAUUUGUUUCCCCGGUCCUUUAUUGGGAGGUCUACAUGAAAUUCCACCUGGAUAUGGACUGGGCAGCUCAGCAUUUGAGCCUUAUAUGCGCCUGGAAAGAAAGGACAAUACAACAAGCAAAAAGCCAACUUAA